AUGGAAUAUUGCCAUCGCCCCAGGGAGCUGAUGUGGAAGGGCUACACUCAAUACCCUGAUCAGAUCUGGGGGCUUGAUACCAAUGAUGGUUUGAAAGUGGUCUUACCCCCUCGGUUUCUCGAUGAGUUAAAAAGCCAUCCCGACCUGAGUUUCAAAGUCUCUAUCGAUAGUGAUAUGCAAAUCGAAUACACCCGAUUCGGCGGUCCACCAGAGUAUGUGAUUAACACGAUAAAAGGCAGCUUGAACAUAUCCCUUCCUGCGUUUACACCCGUCAUACACAAGAUCGUGCGAGACAACUUGGAGAGGGUCAUUGGCGAUUAUCCAGAUUGGACUCCUGUCAAAGUGCACGAUAGAAUUCUGAAGUUGGUCGGUACAUCCAAUGCACGUGUUUUUCACAGCGCUGCCGUCAGCCAGAGUGAAGAAUGGGUUGACGCUGCUACGGGUUACGUUAUCACAACAUUCGAUUGUAUUAAAGCCUUGAAAGCCUGGCCACCAUAUUUGCGGCCUUUCGUGUACCGCUUUCUCCCGGAGAGAGCUGCAAUCCUCGACCAGUGGAGGCGAGCUCGGCCGUUUGUCGAGGCCUCGGUGAGACAAAAGCAGAAGAUGAACAACGCAUUCUUGGAGAGCCCAGGCUCAAUGCUCGACCAUCUUUGUGCGGUCCAAAAUGGCGCAUUCUCCAGAGACAUCGACAAGCAAUUGUUGUUUCAAAUGACACUGGUGGCUGUGGGCACGGUAACGACAUUUGCCUCAAUCACCCAAGCCUUGUACGAUUUGGCCUAUCGUCCUGAAUAUAUCGCUGCGCUACGCGAGGAAGUGGAGUCAGCACCCAGAGAAGCGAACCAGCUCUUUUCCAGAACCUCGUUGGCUCACAUGAAGAAGCUGGAUAGCUUCAUCAAGGAGAGUCAGCGCUUGAGCGCGCCUGACCUGACAACCUUCCAACGUGCCGCGACAGCUGAUGUGACUCUCUCGGAUGGCACGGUUAUCCCUACAGGCACCAGACUCGAAAUCGCGACAAGUGCUAUCCACCUCGACGAGAAGAACUAUGAGCACCCCAACCAAUUUGAUGGCCUACGUUUCUACCGCGCCCGCCUAGAGCCGGGCGCAGAGAAUAGGCACCUCUACGUGAGUGUGGGAAAGAAUGAUCUCUCGUUUGGAUACGGAAGACAUGCUUGUCCCGGCCGCUUUUUAGGCCACAUUAACAUCAAACUGAUAAUGGCCGAAAUCCUUUUGAAUUAUGACUUUAAGCUCCCUGAUGGAGCGGAACGACCCAAGAAUGGCGAAUUUGAGGCAAUUGUCUCGCCUGAUCCCGAGAUUGAGAUUUUCAUGAAAAAUCGCUGGCCAGACGAGGCAUAA